UGCUUCUAUCGACCGGAGACGCGAGCGCGAGCGCGACAUGUCGAUUGGGUGUCGUGGCCGAUGUGAAUCUGUUUCUAGGAUGUUCCCUCGUCCACCAGUUUGUGCUGUGUCCUUCAAGCCUCCUACCACAGGUCCCCAAUCCCGUUAUCGCAAAUCUGAACCCGAAUCUGUGACGGUUUCCCAUCCACCAAUGUGUGCUGUCUCCUUCAAGCCUCCUACCACAGAUUCCAAACCCCGUCAUCGCAAAUCUGAAUCUGUGACGUUUUCCCGUCCACCAGUUUGUGCCGUCUCCUUCAAGCCUCCUACCACGGGUCCCCGAUCUCGCCAUUGCAAUUCUGAUUCUGAUUCUGUGGCGUUUCCCCGCCCACCACUUCACGCUACCUCCUUCAAGCCUCCUACCACAGGUCCCCAAUCUCGUCAUCCUCGUCGAUCAUCGUUCGACUACGCGACUGGUCACGGUUACUCCGGUGAACGCCAACAUCCUGUUUAUGUUUUACCUCCGGCUGCUCCAGCUCCACAGAUACCUCUGCCCCCACGACAAUGUGAUCGCACUACCUCGGUGGAGGCGGUUCGUCGCCUUCCUUUCCUCAGCCCCGAGGUCCCUUCGUUUGAAAAGUCUAAGCCGUCUGGGCUAACCCGCUUCAAUCCCUUCAACAGGCUGCGCUUGGCGACUAUGUCUACUUCGCAGAAGAUCCGCCGCAAAACUGUUAGCAGAGCAUGAUCUUGCUUUUGUGUCCCACAUCCCAAUAUAAUUCAUUGAUUUAGACUCAUAGCCCUUUCCUUAACAUGAUACAUCCAUGCAACCUAUAUUUAUUUUACAUAGAACAUACCCUAGAUGUCUUGUUAGACUGUACUGUGUACCGAUAGGUACUGCUUUUCACUAGUUUUUGACUCCGAAUCCUGACCCUCGUUGUAAUCACACGGAAAUUUCUUGG